UAAUUAUAUAUGAUAUAUCUUAAUUAUGUAUACCUUCUGCAUCAUGACAAGGUUUGAUGUUUCUUUGCAGUAGUAGUAUGUAGAUUUCGCAAGCUUUUGAAAGUACAUGACUGUAGCUUUGUUCCCGGAAACUGCAUGUAGAGUUGUUUGCAUUCUGGACUCUCCUUCCUUUUGGCUUUCUCAAACCAUAUGCUCAUCUAUGUCGUGCUCUCAUGUAUUCUUAUAACUUGAUUACUACCUACCUUUUUGAUAGAUAUCCAAAGAUCCUUUUCAGAAGAAAAGGAAUGAAGGUGAAAACCACAUUAGUGUUGUGUGUUGUGAUAUUUUGUUGUGUUAGACUUGGUUAGUAUUUUAGGGCACUAAUUUGAUUCAAAAUUACUUACGGAUUAGGAUGAUGAUUAGAAAUUUAAGUAAACAAAUAAUCCUUAAUUAAUUAUGAUUUAUUUCUACAAAUAUCCUAUGUAUCUCAAAGUUUUGGAGAGACACAAGGAAAAACACUUUGGGUGCUCAUACAAAUUUCUCUAGCAGAUCAGAGGGUUGGGAGGUGAAUUAUGUAAGAGAAGUACAAGAGUUUUGGAUUUGGGUUAAGUACUCAAGAGAAGAAAGAAAGAUAUUCUCUUCAAUUUUUUCCUCAUAUAGUAAAAAUAUUAUGGCUAAGGGUUGUCGAACCACAUAAAUUUUAUAUUGACCUUUUAAUGUAUUCCUUGAUUAAUGAUCUCCGAGAUUUUUCUCUUGGUUUGAAAGCCUUCUCACCCCUACCAAAUUGGAACCGAUCACUAUUACCUGAGGUGUGGGUGGGUGAUAUUUCACUUUCCCUUCCUACUCUGCUAAUUACAUGUAGUGUUAACAUUAGCUGCUUGAUCUGAUUGCAGUACAUAACCAGUCAAACUGUCGGAGAAGUUCAAAUUGUUUCCGACAUGCAUGAAAGGAAAGCUGAGACAGCUCGCCGAGCUGAUGCCUUCAUUGCAUUGCCUGGUAUCUAUCAUCUCUUCGUCUUUAGCUCCGAGUAGGUGGGUAUGGAACGCUUGAAGAACUUCUUGAGGUCGUUACAUGGGCUCAGCUGGGAAUCCACAAGAAACCGGUUGGGCUCUUAAACAUCGAUGGUUUUUACGAUUCACUCUUGUUCUUCGUCGAUAUGGCUGUCGAUGAAGGGUUCAUCACUCGAGCUGCUCGCAACAUCAUCAUAUCUGCACCAUCAGCCAAGGAACUCAUCAGAAAGUUUGAGACAGCAAUGGGCCAGGCAUUUUGUUGCAUUCAAGUGGACCAGUCAACUGUGGCCAUGAGAGAAACUUUUGGGAAGUUUGAUCAUGUGCUUGAGCCCGGAUGCCACUUCCUGCCAUGGUGUUUGGGGAAACAGAUUGCUGGUUAUCUUUCACUCCGUGUGCAACAACUUGAUGUUCGUUGCGAAACAAAGACAAAGGAUAAUGUAUUUGUUACGGUUGUUGCUUCUAUCCAAUACAAUGCUAUUGCUGACCAGGCAUCUGAUGCAUUCUACAGGCUCAGCAACACAAAGGAGCAAAUCCAAUCCUAUGUUUUUGAUGUCAUCAGGGCUAGUGUUCCAAAGCUGAAUUUGGAUGAUGUGUUUGAGCAGAAGAAUGAUAUCGCUAGAGCUGUUGAAGAUGAGCUUGGAAAGGCAAUGUCAUCAUAUGGUUACAAAAUUGUUCAAACACUAAUCGUGGAUAUCGAGCCUGAUAAUCACGUGAAGAAAGCAAUGAAUGAGAUCAACGCAGCUUCUAGAAUGAGAGUUGCAGCAAAUGAAAAAGCUGAAGCGGAGAAGAUACUGCAGAUUAAGCGGGCUGAAGGAGAAGCAGAAUCUAAGUACUUGUCUGGCUUGGGUAUAGCACGGCAACGCCAGGCCAUUGUGGAUGGCCUGAGGGACAGCGUGCUUGCCUUCUCUGUCAACGUGCCAGGAACCACAGCUAAGGAUGUCAUGGACAUGGUUCUGGUGACACAGUAUUUCGACACAAUGAAGGAGAUCGGGGCCUCCUCGAAAUCCUCUUCUGUGUUCAUUCCCCAUGGUCCUGGGGCUGUGAGGGACAUUGCUGCCCAAGUUAGAGAUGGCCUUCUCCAAGGUAGCGCCAUCCAUUGAACAGAAGAAAUAAGGGAUGGCAUUGGAGUCAGCAGUUCAGAUUGGUAUUGUUUGUAUUAUCAGUUGUCUUCUAAAGUAGCAUCUUAUUCGGUAUAGAUGGAAUCGAAGGUAUAAUAUGCAGGUAUCAGUCGUCGGAUAUGGUGUCAGAAAAGAUGAAUUGCUGUAAAGAACAAUAUUUGGUUGUGUAGGUGCUCUUAGUGUAUAUGGUUAAGUAGUGUUUUGUGAACCUAUGCUACCAAGAAAUUUGCUGCUGAAUAUAAAUGCUCUACUUGUAGGGAUUUUGUUUCUCUAA